GAAGAAGAAGAAUAAGAAGAAGGCCGUUGGGCAUCAACAUCAGCACAGGGCAGCUCGAGGGCAGGGAACUUUCGGCCAGGAGAUUCGAAAAUGAUGUCUAAAUUUUGUUAAUGCCUCGAAAUGCCCAGUAACCUACACGUAGGGCCUAUCCGGACGACCACUACAGGCCUCGCCAACACCCAGGAACAUUAAUAGGACUCAGCUUCGAUACUCACAUUCGAAGGUUCAAGAUGUCCGUCAAGCGAACAGAGUCCGUUGAGCUGGCUCUCAACCUCCUACCAAGCAGCAGCAGCAGGACUGGACAAGGCAACCGAAACGAUAGAAAUAGUCUGCCACCACGCCAGUCGUCUGGGCAGUACUCGAGGUUUCCCCAGCAGGCAGGGUCGCAACCUCUUGAGCGCUUCCCACGGCAGUCGUCAUCCGCCCAACAACGGUACUCAUCUCAGAUGCUAGUCGGAACUAACCCUAACGACAGUCAGGUGAGCGUGAACUAUACCGUUGACCGAGAGCGUGGAAGAGGGUAUAAUGACUACGGCAGCUAUUCAAAUUACAACUAUGAUGCGUACGACGGUCCAGGAGGAUACCCUAGCCGAGGACGCCAGGAUGCCAGUGCAGUGUAUGAUGGACGCGAUCCGAGAGGUUCUUACGACAUGCGCGAUGCCUACGACAGGAGCGGUGGGUACGAUAUGCCCGAUGCUUAUGACAGACGCGGAAGUCAGCAGGCCUCUAGAGGAAGUCGUUCGACGAGUCUGCACACGGUCGCCCAAAUCGGGGCAUACGGUAACAACACGGAAAAUUCGGAGGGCGCAAAAAGGACCCGGUCGCGAUCGCCCAGUUUAGGCAAAAAGAAAAGUUUCGACAAAAAAGACCUGAUUGUGCUCAUUACGGCUGACGUUAAGCCUAAAAAGAAAGAUAAAAAGACGUCGAAGUCGAGGAGUCUGGAAAAUGAUGAGGCAACUGAAGAAACGACCUAUGAGGACAGUGAGGAGGACAAGAAGGCUCGAAAGCAAGCUGCUCGCAAGGCGUCUGGAACUCGUUCCGGCGGCAGCAAGAAGUCUUCCUCACCGAAGAAAUCGGCAAGCUCGAAAGACGCGGCAUCAGAUAAGUCGAAGAAAGCUCAAUCGAAAGAGAAAGAUAAGGAAAGCAAAGAAAAAGCAACGAAACCGAAACCUGUAGAAGACGAUGACGAUGAAGUGCUUUGCAGCACAGUAACGAUAGUGACGAGAAAGACAUCGAAGAAGAAGUUGAAAGCGAAGUCGGAAGACGCGAGUACUGGCAGUGCAGCAAAGCUCGUCAAGUCAAAAGAGGAGGAACCAAAGAAGUCCUCUCAGAAACCACCCACAAAGCCGGAACCAACGAAAGCAGCAGCGCAGAGCCAAAAGCCGCCCGAAAAAUCGAAACCAGCUGAAAAGCCAGAACAAGCAAAAAAAUCCGCGGAGAAGGCUAAACCAUCACAGCCUAGUACAGAGACAGUAGAAAUCAGCUUCACGGAGAGCGAGGAUGGCAGUGAGAUAUACGUAAUCAGGAAGGCCAGGAAGAAGUCUAAGGGCACGGUUGAUAAUAAGAAGUCCUCGGAGACUGCAAAGCCGCCGACGUCGCCUUCAAAGUCCCCGGCGUCACCUGCAAAGUCGCCAACUUCGCCAAAGCCAAGUGAAGCUAAGCCGAAGACUCCUUCGAAGACUUCCACACCAGGGACAUCGCCCGCUCCACCACAGUCACCUCUACCCGAUACCAAUAUUUCCGCUAGUGUCCUGCAGUCGCUGGCUACGCUCCUAGCCAUGAGACCACCGCAGCCACCGGCACCGCCACCUUUCCCUCCCCCCUCUGAUAACCAGCCUGUGAUCGUAAUGGUGCUGCCUACGCCAGGAAAGUCCACUUCCGUCACAAAGAUCUCGAAAGCAUCGUCUAAAGCCUCCUCGAAGGCAUCGUCGUCCGAAGGAUAGGUUUACAAAGAUGCGAUAAAUUUGGCGCAGUGGGGGUUUCCAGCUUGAAAGCUGGGAACUCGCAACAACAUUGCCUGAAAUAAAAGUAGCUCGAUGUAGCUCAAACAGAACGUGA